AUGGAUUCUCCAAUAUCUUUGUUGAAAACCCAAAAAUAAGAAAUAUUUUUCCCAAAAGUUGAUGAAUUCCAUAUAAUUGGUUAUUCUGAGUUUAUAUCUAAUGUUGUCUAAGAAAUUAAACCAUUAAUGAAAUAAAGAAUCUAAGAUAAAGAUCAAGCUCAAAUUCAAUCAGAAUAAAAUUUAUAAUCAUUAAUAAAAUCAUUAUAAUUAUAAGAAUUACAAGAAAAAGAAAUCAAAUCUUCAUCUUAAUUUUCUUAUUAGUUAAUUUAAGAUAAUUCUUUUCAAUAAUUUGAAUAUUGUUAUGCAAUUUCUAUUAAUAAAGAUUGUUCAAUUGUAGCAGCUGGAUCUGAUAAAUAGAUUAAAAUAUUUGAAUUCAAAUAAGGAAUGUUGAAAUUAAAUCAAAUCAUAAAUGAACAUAAAAGUUAUGUAAGUAUUUUAAACUUCAUGAAAUAAUCUAAAUAGUUUAUUUCUGGAGAUUGGGGUGGAUUUAUUUUUAUUUGAUCAUUUAUUGAUAAUGUAUAGAUUCGCUCAUAAGUUAUUUAAAGACAUAGUAAUCCGAUUAAUUGUUUAAUUUUGAAUAAAAAUGAAGAUCUAUUUAUAUCAUGUAGUGAUGAUAAGACUAUUAGGUUUUGGGCUAAGAAAAAUAAAUAAAAUAAUGAAUGGAUCUGUUAAUAAAUUAUUUCAGAUCAUAUUAGGUGGGUUUAUCAAAUUAUUUUAAAUGAAUAAGAAAAUCAAGUUAUAUCUUGUGGAAAGGAUGGAUUAAUAUUAGUAAUUGAAUACUCAGAAUCUAAUAAGAUCUGGGUUGUAAUCCAAAAAAUAGUAGAAAAUUGUCGUGGAUUUAGAAUAGGCUUUAUCAACGAUAAUCUAUUCACAUUUAAACCUAUUGAUGGUAAUUUGAUGCAUGUCUAUGAAAAAAAUAGUGUAAGUAAAGAAUUUACUAGAAACAAAGAUAUUAUUCUAACUUAAGGUGAUGAUGGUUAUGGAUUAUUUCCAUAAUAAUUUAUUAAAUAAAAAUAAUUAAUAGUGUGUAAACAUGAUAAAUAUAUAAAUUUAAUAAGAAAGGCAUAAAAUGGUGAAUUUAAAGUAGAGUAGUAUAUUGAAUUUAAUACAUAUUAUAUAUAUGGAUAAAUGAGUGAUGAUGGAGAAUAUUUGAUUACUUGGGAUAAUUCAUCAAAUGAGAUAUAAAUUAGGAGAUACAUAGAACAGCGAGAGAAUUAUUAUAUAAAAUAUUUAUAAAUAUAUACAUGA